AUGCCCAACACCACCAGAAUCAUCUCUGACAGUCGGAAACCAGACAAAGAAUUCUACUCUGUGUUUCCAAAGGUUCUCUGUAAAGACGGAAUUCUGGGUUUUCGAGGUUACUGGGAGGUGGAGGUUAGUGGGUGGGUGGUGGUUGGAGUCGCCUGCGAGCAAGCAGGGAGGCGGAACACCGACGGACCCUGCGGCUUCGGGGACAACGAGGAGUCCUGGGGUAUCGGAUGGAGCGGCUCCUGCUAUCAGGCCUGGCACAAAGGUCAAAACAGGGAGAUCAGGGGCAUCCCCGAAUGCUCCAUCAUCGGCGUUUAUCUCGACCAUCCGGCGGGUUUGCUGAACUUCUACGCCGUGGAGAAUCUGAAAGACGACACGGGGGAAAAGGAAGUUAUUCUUUUGCAGCAGAUUAAGACUUCCUUUGAAGAAAAAAUGAUGCCAGGGUUCUGGUUGGGGAUGCAGUCUGAGUGUUCAAUACUGAAAAAAGAAGCUUAAAAGAUAUAAAACAUCAAAAUGUUAUUUUGUUCCCUUUUCUGACCCUAAAAGUGUCUUUGUGUUAAGUCCAACUCAUAAUCCAUUUACAAUACUGUUUUUUUAUUCAUUUAUUAUUGUUAAGAAAGAAAAUUAAAAUUAAAAGCUUCACAAAAACAGACUUUUCCCCAUGUUUUAUGUUAUAUGUUAAAAUGUGAUAAAGUGAAAACAAUAGAAAAGUGGAAUUUACAUCAACUUUGCCAUAUAUAUAUUGCUAAAUAAUUUUUAAGUAAUAGAACUUAACAUGUUUUGGUAUCUUAUUUUA